AUGUGUUUUGGAUCAUUAUCUGUUGUUGCUGAUUGUAAAGAAUCUACUGAUGAUUAUUUAAGUGAUUUAGCAGGAAGUUGUAAAUUAACACAAAAAGCAGUAAUUACAUUCAUGGAAGCUAUUCCAUCAAUUUAUAAACAUGGGUCUGAGUGUAAAGGUGAUGAAGGGUUAAUACAAAAAUACGUUGAAUGUUUAGUAAAAAUUCCAGUUAAUUCAGGUUCUAUUACAGAAAAGAAAGAAACAAUUGAAUUUACAUAUUUUUAUGAACAAAUUAUUGAAAGAUUAAAGAGACAAGAAUUUAAACCAGUUAUUAAACAAAAAUAUAUUGAAGCAAGUUUAGGAUUAGUUGCUAGUGUCAGUCGUAAAUAUAUUUAUCAAAUCAUUAACACUAAUACAAAAAAAAUUAAGUCUAUUGUUGGACAAUUCUUAGCAAUGUCUAAAUGUAUUUCACAUUUAAAACCUAAAGAUUUUAAAUAUCUUCAAAAUACUAAAAAAUUUGAUUCAAAAGAAUUUGAAAAAGACUGUGAUAAAGCUGAUAAAGACUCUAAAGAACAAUUCCAAAAAGAAUUAUUUUAUAAUGUAAAUAUGCAAAGAGGAUAUGAUCUUGAAAUUCUUUAUAUGUUAGAAAUUGCUGCACUUGCAACUGAUUUAAUUAAUACUAUUCAAGACUUUAUUGAUGCUGUUUAUACGGUAAUUGCUUUUAAUGAAAAGAAAAUAAAUUAG